GCUCAUGCUUAUAAUUGCAUUCUUCUGCUCCAGAAUGAACAACAGCAGCAGCCCAGGAGAACAGGUCAGGACUCUGUUUGUCAGUGGCUUGCCGCUGGACAUCAAACCCAGAGAGCUUUACCUGUUAUUCAGGCCUUUUCAGGGUUACGAAGGGUCCUUAAUCAAAUUUACCUCCAAACAGCUGGUGGGGUUUGUGAGUUUUGACAGUCGCUCAGAAGCGGAGACUGCUAAGAACGCCCUGAACGGCGUUCGCUUUGACCCAGAUAUUCCCCAGACUUUACGGCUGGAGUUUGCUAAAGCCAACACCAAGAUGGCCAAGAACAAACUAGUAGGAAUUCCAAACCCUUCGGCAUCCAGACAGAGUCCUGCACCUCUCUGUGUCAGUCGAGAGCCCUAUGAGUUGAGCGUUCCUGCGCUGUACGCCAGCAGUCCUGAGGUGUGGGCUUCAUACCCGCUGUACCCCGCUGAGCUGCCUCCACCGGCAUACGCCUACAGCUCCUCGCUGCACGCUCAGAUUCGCUGGCUGCCGACCGCAGACGCAACCAAUCAGGGCUGGAAGAGCCGACAGUUCUGUUGACGUCUGUGUUCUGCAGGUGCGGCAGCAACACAGACGACAUUCUUAUCUUUUCUGUCUUUCUCCGUUCAUCUGUAUUACUCUCCCAUCUGUCUUCUGCCAGAUACAGAUACGUGAAACCAGAAACAAGAAGUGAGUUAUGUAAGUGAUAACAUUCAAUCAGCUGGGAGGUCAUGAAAUGAGAACAGCGAUGUAGGAAAUAAUAGUCA